AUGGUUGAAGAGCCGCUGGACUUGGUUCGGUUAAGCCUGGAUGAGCGGAUUUACGUGAAACUACGCGGAGAUCGUGAACUGCGCGGGCGGUUGCAUGCGUAUGACCAGCAUUUGAAUAUGGUUUUGGGGGAGGUCGAGGAGACUAUAACUAUUGUGGAUGUUAAUGAGGAGCUGAACACGCAGUCGGUGCAUACGGUUAAUAGGAAGGUUCCGAUGCUGUUUGUUCGUGGAGAUGGCGUUAUUCUGGUAUCGCCACCGUCACGUUCAUCAUAA